UGUUAUUUAUUUGAUUGAUUGAGGUUAUAAGUGGUUAUAUUGUUAUAUGCAUUCGUUUUCAAAUGAUGGAUCAUACGAUUUGUAUGUGUAAUUAAUGAUAAUUUAAGGAAAAACGAGCCUAUUUAGGCUUAAUUGUCUAGUACCGUAAAAAUGGCGAGCGGCGAGAGUAAUUCCAACGAAAUCGAAUCAUCUCUAGCUCAAGAAAGCUCUAUAAACGAUGCUUACUCAGCACCUGAAGCAAGAUUUGAGUGCCCCAUUUGUUUAGCCUGGUUGAGAGAUCCUGUUUUAACGUCUUGUGGACAUAGAUUUUGCAGAAACUGCAUAUACUCUUGGCUAGAAAGAGAACAUGCUUGCCCUGUUGAUAACUUAAAACUGAACAAAGAAGAUAUUUUUCCAGAUAAUUUUACCAGGAGAGAGAUAUCUCAACAGCGGACAAAAUGUCCCAAUAUUGUCAGGGGAUGUUUAGAAGAGCUCUCUCCUUUGGAUGUGGAAGCUCAUUUGUUAGUUUGCAAAUUCAGGAUUCCUGAAUUGCCAGAUAAUGAGAAAUUGAGAUGCUCAUUUGUUGAGGUAGGUUGUGAGGAAAAAUUUGAAGAUGAGCCAGAAUUACAGAGACAUCUUGAUCAACAGAUUCAGAAACACUUGACACUGUUGUCCCAAGCAUAUGCAAAACUAUCUGUCAACAAUACCUCAGCAGGAGCAGUAGCAAGUACAUCUGCAAUCGCACAACAAGCUAAUUUUUGGGAUCCACCUCCAAAAAAUUCCUCUGCAAAUGUUCCAGAAGAUAAUGUUAACACACUUCUCAGGAAUCUGUAUGAAAAAAUUGUGUUUUUAGAACAAAAGACUAGGGAACAAGACAUUAUAAUAGCAAACAUGUCUGAGCAAAUCUCAUCUUACAACCUUUCUAUGAGCAAACUGCAUCAAAGGUAUUGUGAUGGGUGCUACCUCUGGCAUUGUGCAGAUUUUAAAAGCAAACUGAAUAUCAUGAGAGAAAAUCCACAUGUUAUGUACUAUAGUCCAGGAUUCUACACCUCUCCAAAUGGAUACAAGUUGUGUGUAAGAAUAAAUUUGUCUCCCAAAGAUAAUAAUUAUCUAGCGAUUCAUAUACAUGUUAUGAAAACUGAACAUGACCUAGCAUUAGACUGGCCAUUCAGUGGCCGUCUGUCAAUAACUCUAAUUCAUCCAAUGCAAUCUUUCAAGAGUAUAAAAGAAACGAUGAUGACCAGACCGGAAUUGGAUGCCUUCAAGAGGCCUGUCCAAGAUAUGAAUCCAAAUGGAUUUGGCUAUAAAGAGUUUGUGUUGGUUGAGGAAAUAUUUGAGCAAGAUUUCAUAGAGAACAACCAGCUUUUGAUCAAGAUACAAGCUCAACCAGUUUGAUAGUAUUAUAUAGUAUCUAAGACAAUUUAACACUUGCAUGUAUGGUGGCAUAUUUUUUGCAUUAGGUGUUUUCUAUCCGUCCUUUUCACAUGUUCCAAGUUUACAAAUACCUUCAGUUGAAAUUUUCUUCCACUGCAAUUUCCACUUGUUAUUAAUUUGAACAUAAACAAAUUAUUAAAUCAAAAAAAUAUUUACAUCAGAAAAUAUAAAACGAACAUAUCAAUAUCAUUAAGUAUUUCCGGGAAAUUUUAUAAUAUAUACGCACAAUAUCUUUUUUUCGAAUAGUAGAACUAUACCUCAAGUAUUAGAUACAUGAUGAGUUUUCAGUGUGGGUUCGGUCUUUAUUAUUACGCAUGAUAACUAAAAAAGUUAAUUAUGGCAAAUGUAGCCCUUACUUGUAGAUUAUUGUUAUUUCUACAGGGUGAUUCGUAACUACGUGGUGACGCAAACCUUAUUUUUUUAUGGAAAGUCUUACAUUUUAUCGCAGAUACGGAUAGGCUCUUUCAAACAAAUCAAUUUGAUAUAACAUACUAUAGAGCUUUGAUUCUAAAUUAUUGAGAUAUUGGACAAUCUAUCAAAAAAAGAACAUUCAAAUUUGACACCAGCACGUCCGCAACUGUUAUAGCUAGAGUACGGAAUUUUUCAUCAGAAAACAGUAAGAAAAAAAUUUAUGCGCCCAAUUUUUUUUUACUAUUUUAUUUUUUUUUUUGAGUACUAUACAGGGCGGUCAAGAACAGUUCCUCAAAAUUUUCAUAUAAAACACUCUGUAUAUUUUCACACUGUUUGAUUGCCCUUUUCCAAGCUUUUUUUAUAUAAGGCCUAUGAAAGUUUGUACGAAUGGUUUUUCAGUUACAGUUAAUCAUUUUAUUAAUCAGAUACAGAGAUAAACCCUUCUAGAGAUGGGAAACUCCAAUACUAAAAUAAGUUACCGUAUUUCUGCGACCUCUGGUGGAUUGGCCGCACACCAGUGCUGAAUAAUGGGCCUUUCCAUUUUAAUAGGACAAACCUAAUGGGGCUUUUUACAUUCUGUUAUUAAUAAAUCGCCUUACGUAACAAAAACACUUCAAAUGGGUUAAUUUCCACUUUCUUAGUCAUUAAUACAUGACGCGCAUUUCGACACAGUGUCUUUCUCCAAUGCUGGGAUGAGUCGCGCGUCACGUAUUAAUGACUAAUAUAGCAGAAAUUAAACCAUUCGGAGUGUUUUUAUUACGUAAAAUGGCUUGAGGAAAAUCUUUCCAGGGGAUGCGAAGGGAGGAAUUAAAAUUCAAGAAAUAAUUAUAGUCAUUUUAUGGUCAAUCAUUCAUAUACAAAUUUUUCUCACAAAGCUAAAUAUAAUAAUAAUAAUGUCUUUAGAAAUCCAUCCACACUGCGAGGCGAAGUUUAUCCAGCUGGCUACUCUACCACUUAACCUCACAGCGCAGAAACACAUACAAAAAAAAGAUAUAACAAUGAAUAGCAACCGACUAACUAAUAUAUACAAUAAUUAAGGCUUAAAUAGAGUAAUCUUAAGAUGUUAUACAUCAAUACUACAUGGCCCGCUCUAACAAAAAAAGAAAGAAAUAUAUCAGCUAGCUUGGCUAGCAGACCCCAGAAGAUUAUUCUUAAUGGCUCUCUUGAAUGCAAGUAUUCCCUUCUUUUUGCAAUUGUUAAUAAGACUAUUAUACACCUUGACAGUGUUGUAGGUGAAGCUAUGAUAGAAAAUGUUGCUCCUAUAACUAGGUAUAUUGAAGUCAGAGUUAUGUCUGAGAUUCCUGUAAUUGAGAUCCCCACGUGGUAGUAGCCUUUUUAGUAGAUAAGCAGGUAGCCUAUUGAUUUUGAUUCGUUGUACUAAAAUUAGUAAAUUAUAUGUGAAAAGCUGGUCAACCCUCAACCAUCUAAGCUCAUUGAUCUUCUUAGACACAUGGCUAAACUAUCGCAGACCACAAACGAACCUACAGCAGCGAUUUUGAAGUUUUUGUACUCGAUAUCUAGUCCCGUAAUCAAGACAAGGAAACUAAACAGCAAUUGAAUAAUUUAUUAACGAUAGCACCAGAGUCUCAGCCAGUUUUUUGCAAGUCUUGAAAUUCAGAAUAUGGCGAUUGUUGUAUAUCUUCAAACGCAUGUAUGUUAAGCGAGAUAAAUGCGUAACAUGUUGCUUAAACCUCAAAUCUGAAUCCAUGAUGAUCCCUAAAUUCUUCGCACGGUCUCUAGUUACAUGUAACUUAUGCAAUAAUCCAGAUUCUGUUCUUGAGGAACCUUGAAAUAAAGAAUGAAAUUGAUAUUAUAUUACAUAUAUGUUCAAAAUCCAUUACAACUGUAUUUUUACAAGACAAUAAAUUCAAUAAAAUGUUCCAUUUCUAAUUAUAAAUGCAAGUGCUUGAUAGUCAAAGUUGACCAAACUUCGUUUAAAGUUUAUAUUAUGCUGAUGUGAUUUGAAAUUAAAAUUAUUAUUAGUAGUAUGUAUUGUUAUGUAUAGAAAACAAUUUUGUUUUCAAACUUUCACAAUUUUGAAGAACUUCUAGUAAGAUUUGCUUUUUUUGGAAAACAAUGUUUCCCUUGGUAUAAUAGGCUAAGAGAUUCAUGCAAAAUUACUUUACUCACUUGCUUCUGAAUAAUGCUCCUCAAUGGGUUCUACUGUAGUUACAUCAAGAUUUCCUGGUUGUGAAGUUGGAACUGAGCAAACUUCUCCCAACUGUUGAUAUGAUGCUGAAGUUGAUGGUUUUCCUGUAACCACACAAUUUACACUAUCAAAAAAAAAUUACAUAUCAAUUUUAUAAUGUUUCAUACAGUUACUGUGCUAUCAUCAAUAAACUGUUUUGGAGUGCAUUCUGGGAAUGAAUGAAACAACUACCAAUGAGAUGUUUGCAGUUAAGAUAAUGUUAUCUCUAAUUUCCCUGUAUAAAUAUUCACCUUAUAACAUUCCCAGUGUUAACUGGAGCUCAGUCUAACUUAUUCCAAAUAUAAAUAAUUUCCAUCAAUGAGUUUUAAAUGGAAAAUAUUAACUAGAUACUUCGUUUAUUGAAGAAAGACACCAAACCCAACAAUGUUCACACAUAUUUUAUGUGACUUGCUACAUGCACUGAGUGGCCUGCCAAUGCCAAACCAGGAGGGUGGAGCAGGAGACAACACAAAGGUGCAUGUAGCCUCACCAGUCAUGUAAAAUAUGCAUGUAUAUGUUUGGAUUUACUCUUCCUUCGAUAAACAGACUAUAGUUAUGUAGUUUCAAUCACUUGAACUAAACACUGUUGAAAGUCACAACUUAUAACAGUUUCCAAAAAGCUGAAUAUAUGUAAUUGAAGUUGAGAUAUGUAAAAUUGGGUAUUAAACAAAACCACAUACCAAGAAUUUCAUCAGUUGCUUUGGAUAUUUGUUGAUCAGGAAGAUUUAGUGAUGGCACAGCAUCCUUCCUAAGUCUGUUGUUACCAUAAUUGUCUUCCACUGUGAAGUGUGCAUGACACACUCUAUAUCUAUUAUAAACAGUUAUGGGGUCUAUAUCUCUCACUGCUUCAUUACCAAUACAAUCCACCCAUUGCACAAAAACAUACAUAAAUUUCGUCGGGUUUGGAAAUCUGUCGUACUGAAACACUGUCCUGACAGCCUCUAACUGCGCAUUUGCGGUACCGAGACAUGGUUUCUGAAAAACAACAUUCAGUUAUAAAAAUAUGUUCAAGUUAAAUGACUCAAGGAAAUAGAAAUGUUGCUAGACAUGACAACAUAAACAAAAUCAAAUUUAACUUUUGCAGUUGUAAUAAUGUAGUAAUACUGUAAUGAUACAAUAUUAAAAUUGAUGAUUUUAGCAAACAUAUUUAGACAAGCAGGGCCGUUGAGAAGUAAGCUCGGGCUCCUAUGCCCAAAACUUCUCGAGCCCCCAUACCGAAAUAUUCUCGGGCCCUUUUCUUGACAUGAGCGAACCUAAGGACGUCUAUCCAUCAGUUCAGUAAGCGAGCCUCGUGCUCCUCUCAGCGCCGAGCCACGAGCUCCUCUCUUGUCGACGGCCCUGAAGUUUUGUACCCAUCAUCUUAGCCUAUAAAACUAGAUUAUAUCACUAUACUUACAUGCUGCAAUAAAUAAGCGCUGUAAUCACUCAAAUUUAACCACACAUAAACACAAAAUAAAAGUAUUUAACGGUCCAAACCACCAAACAAACCAAACACAAGGAAGAAAGGAAGCAGUGACAGCUGUCAAAUAUCAGCUUCCAAUUCCGACAAACGACAACAGCGAUACCAGCGGCAUCCAACGGAUUGAUCACCAACUAAAAACACUGUUCCAAUUCAUCCCAUAAGAGUGAAUACCCCCUGAUCAGAUAUCAAGUAAAACGGUAAAUGAAAAAUAAAAAUUGCAUUAAUAAUAGCCUGUAUCAGAAAAAAACCCUGUGAAACGAGAAAUCAAAAAUUGUGGAAAUAUACAAGGUGUUACAUUUCAAAAUCUGUAGCAAUAUUUAAUUUUGCCUUCUUGACCACCUUGUAUAAACCAACCAAAAAAUUGAAAAAGUUAAUAGAUGGGGAGAAAAUAUGUUAUCAUAGUAUAUUUCUGAUGGAAAAAUUAUUUCUCUAGCUGUGACAUUUUCGGAGGUGCAAGUUGUCAAAGUUGAGUGUUUUUUUCGACAGAUUCCAAUAUCUCAACUAUUUGGAAAUAGAACCGUUUAGAAGGGCAUAUCCGAAUCUGCAAUAAAAUGUAGGUCUUUCCUUAAAAAAAAUAUGAUUAUGAUUACUACGUAGUUAUGAAUUCCCCCGAUUAAAUAAAAAUAUUUUUCAAGUAAGGAGCAUACUGUUGGCUACAAUUUUUGUUUGCAACUUUUAAAUACAAUCUGUAAUAACAAAGUUAUCAACUGAGCCCACACUAAAAACUCACGCUGUAUGUAUUUGUAUGCAUUCACCAUUUGAUGUACUUAAAAAUUGUUACAAAUGAUAUUACACAUUCCAUAUACUAACAGUAUUUUGGGAAAAAAUAUUUAUUGAAACUAUAUCGAAUAUUUUAUAUUUUUAUUAUAUUGUUUUUUGUAAUUGACUCC